UAAAGGACAUUUCUACAAAAGAAUUACAUAGAGAAAGACGAUGAAAUCGUUUCGACGGAAAGAGUCCAGCACACUACCAUUGGUUCCAGCAACUGAGGAUUUGGAGUUCAAGCCAUUCCGUGAAACGUAUAAGAUCAUCACUUUCACAAUGAUCGUCGGCAUGCUGUACCCUACGCCAAACACUGAAAAGUGCAGAGUAGUUGGCAUCAUAACGAUACUAAUAUCGACUUUGCCUGUGUGCAUCGCGGCCCUGCUGGACAUGUGGAACAGCUGGCUCAGAGGGGACAUUAUCAACAUCAUCAGGCACACCACGGUUAUUGGGCCGUUUCUUGGAGCAGUCUUUAAGAUGAUGCUGUUUUUCUACAGUAGAAAAGAAGCGUGGAGCAUUAUAAAAAAAAUGGACGCCGACCACGCUCGCUACAACACCCUCUCCGAACAACACAAGGAAAUCGCGCGUCGGCACAUACAGGACACGCAAUACUACAGCGAAAAAUGCUGGUCAAUAACAGUAGCGACCUGCGUCCUGACCUUCCCACUGACCGCGGUCAUCCUCACCUUCUACAACUACGCUUUCAAGGAGGACCCGGUCAAAUACAUGGUCCACGACAUCGACAAACCCUUCUCACCUAAAGAAGACAGAUUCUCAUCACCAUACUUCGAAAUUAUGUUCUUCUACAUGGUCUAUUGUUCGUUCUUUUACAUAAUAAGUUUCACGGGAUUCGACGCGUUUUUUGGUAUAACUAUUAACCAUGCUUGUAUGAAGAUGGAGCUGGCUUGUAGGACUAUGGAGGAUGCUAUGUCGGAGUGCGAGAGAGAUAGAAGGCAUAGGAGGAUGCUGGGUGUUAUAGCGGAGCAGAAUGAUUUGUUCAGAAUGGUUGGACUUAUACAAGAAACGUUUGCCAUAUGGCUCGGAUUAAUCGUCAUAGCGACUAUGCUUCAGAUAUGCAACUGCAUGUAUCAGAUCAUUGAGGGCUACGGUAUUGAUCCUAGAUACCUAAUAUUCAUUCUAGGCACCAUUGCUCACAUAUACCUACCUUGCCGUUACGCCGCCAAAUUGCAGGGAAGUGCACUAGAUGUCGCCACUCAUCUAUACUGCUGCGGGUGGGAGCGAGUGAACGACGAGCGAGCGCGCAAGAUGAUCGUCUUCAUGAUAGCACGCGCACAGAUCCCGAUGAAGAUCACAGCUUUCAACAUGUUCGACUUCGAUAUGGAGCUGUUUGUCUCCAUAUUACAAACGUCAUAUUCGAUGUUCACACUGCUUAAAUCUUAAGACAUCUCAUACAAAAAUGUGUUGUAUUACUUAAGUAAUA